AUGCCUCCCAUCAAAGGAUGCAUCCAGGCAACUAUGGUUCUCAAGUCUGCCAUGUUCGCGAAUAUGACCCUCGACCAGUGGAACGAAGCACUACGCUCAAAGGUGCAGGGCUCGUAUAAUCUCGAUCGCCACCUUCCAACCCAGCUGGACUUUUUCAUCUUCUUGUCGUCCGUGUGCGGUAUAAUCGGCGCCAGCGGUCAAUCUAACUACGCUUUUGGCUGCGCCUACCAAGAUGCACUGGCCCGAUCUAAAGUCGCGAUGAGACAGAAGGCUGUUUCAAUUGACCUCGGGAUUGUCGAAGGGGUUGGAUACACGGCCGAGCAUCAGGGCGUGGGCUCCUUCAUGCGCUCACUGGGUUUACAGCCCAUCCCUGAAGAAUAUCUCCUCUCCAUAUUAGAAUAUUACUGCGACUCCAGGCGUGAAAUCCUUCAUCCCAGCGACGCCCAAAUAGUCGUUGGCAUCAUGAGCCAAGACGAGAUGCAGCGGAGUGGACUUGUUCGCUCGCGAUUUUACUCGCGGCCGUUGUGGAAUCAUUUGCAGCGACGCAUGAACCCAACGCUUGGCGGGAGCAAGGUUGUUGCUGCUCAACGGCCGAAUAAGAAGGGCCCCUCAUCGCUGAAACUCCCGAUGGCUGCGAGCGAUGAUACGCUUUCGUCUGUGGCAGAUGGCGGUCCAGACGCGGUCAGUCGGGCCAUCUGCGAGAGGGUCUCGGAUGUGCUUGCUAUCAACGCUGAUGAUAUUGACCCAGCGAAGCCGUUGCAUAUGUAUGGGGUGGACUCAUUGGUUGCGAUGGAAUUGCGGAGUUGGUUUAAAGAAGCACUGCAGAAGGAUGUGGCUGUGUUUGAUAUCUUGAGUAAUCGGCCGAUAGGAGUGUUGGCUCAGGAGGUCGUGGGUGUGGCUGCGGCUGCAUGA